AUGUCAUGCAAUUCCCAAAGUACCCUAGAAACGGAUGUACAGACCCUACCACUCCUCGUACAAGCCGAACCUGCUCCCCUUCUCAUGGAUGCACCAUACGUGAUUGACGAGAGUCAGUUGUACGUAAAUAAUUCCAAACAAAUCACGGCUGGCUCGGAUCAGACAAUGUGGACGAGCAACGUUUCUAGUCUAGGUGGCCUCUCGCCGACUACACCUGAAUCCAUAGUAUUCUGCGAGCCUACAACUAUGAUUCACUGCACAGACUACACUUCAUGUCCGCAGACAUGGUACGAAGAAAUAUCGGAUUCGAUUGAGCAUGGAUUCGACUCGUCGUUCAGCGACAUAACACCACCACAAAUUUUGGCCAUGCGAGACGAUUCAAGUACGAUGCCUUUUACGCCAUCAGCAUCGUGGUCAGAUUCGGACUAUGCGCUGUUACAUCCACAGACCCUGGUGGAGCCGACAUCUUGUUACAACAACGUUGGUUGCUAUUCCAGUAGUCAGCUGCUUGAAGUAGCACCUCUUGAUCUGAGACUCUACAAUAUGUAA